UUUAAUUAAAAUUUUAAAUUUAAAUUUAUGCUCUGCUAUAUUGUUUUCGAAUAAUUAAACUAUUUUAUGCUGUUCGUUCUCUGUUUUUAAGUAGAGAGCUUCGGCUGUUAGAAUCGAGUGCUGUGUUUUGGUUGUUUUACGAAAAUAAAUGGUCCUGAAGAUUGUGUAACUAUGGAGUUAGCACAGAGUGCUGCAUUCUUCGGCUGUACUCGAAAGUGUAUUCCUGGGGAAGGGGAAUGGAGAAAUCUUUAUAGCCAUUCCAAUUCUCGGCAGGAGCGUUGGACAAUCUGUAAGAAGAGAAGAAAGGAUCUGACCGUUAGGGUAAUUCAGAGAGGUUCUGAAAGUUCCACAAGAUCAUUGGCCGUCAAAGCAAGUGAUGGGGGAGUGGAGGUGGAGACAGCAGUAGUGGAGAAGCCCAGGGUGCGAACGUUCGAAGUAUACAGGGGCAAUCCAAUGCCUUUUGGUGCCAUAGCGCAAGAUGAUGGAGUGAAUUUUGCAAUCCACUCUAGUGGUGCAGAGUCUGCUACUCUUUGCUUAAUCAGCCUCUCAGAUUUACAAGAGCAGAACAGAGUGACUGAGCAGAUCUCCCUUGAUCCACUAAGUAACAAGACGGGGGAUGUUUGGCAUGUGUUUUUGAAAGGAAAUUUUGAAGAUAUGCUGUAUGGUUACAAGUUUGAUGGAAAAUUUUCCCCUGAAGAAGGGCAUUACUUUGAUCCUUCUCGAAUUGUGUUGGAUCCUUAUGCUAAGGCAGUUAUAAGCAGAACGGAGUAUGGUGCCUACGGCCCUGAAGAUAAUUGCUGGCCCCAAAUGGCUGGCAUGGUACCUUCUCCUGAUAGAAAGUUUGAUUGGGAGGGAGAUUUGCCUUUAAAAUAUUACCAGAAGGACCUUAUAAUCUAUGAAAUGCAUGUUCGUGGCUUUACAAGACAUGAAUCAAGCAUGAGUAGAUUUCCUGGGACUUAUCUUGGCAUAGUGGAGAAACUUGAUCACUUAAAGGAACUUGGAAUCAACUGUAUAGAGCUAAUGCCAUGUCAGGAGUUCAAUGAGCUAGAGUAUUUCAGCUACAAUUCUGUUUUGGGUGACUACAAGCUGAAUUUUUGGGGAUAUUCAACUGUCAAUUACUUUUCACCAAUGAUAAGAUACAGCUCAUCGGGCAUCCUUAACUGUGGCCGCAAUGCAAUAAAUGAAGUCAAAGUUCUUGUCAGAGAAGCUCAUAAACGAGGAAUCGAGGUAAUCAUGGAUGUUGUGUUCAAUCAUACAGCUGAAGGCAAUGAAAACGGUCCUAUAUUAUCAUUUAGAGGUGUUGAUAACAGUGUCUAUUAUAUGCUUGCACCAAAGGGUGAAUUCUAUAAUUAUUCAGGUUGUGGCAACACUUUCAACUGCAAUCAUCCUGUUGUGCGCCAAUUUAUAGUGGAUUGUCUAAGAUAUUGGGUUACAGAGAUGCAUGUGGAUGGCUUUCGCUUUGAUCUUGCGUCUAUACUGACCAGGAGUAGCAGUCUUUGGGAUGCAGUUAAUGUAUAUGGGAAUCCAAUAGAAGGCGACUUGUUGACAACAGGCACUCCCCUGAGUAGCCCUCCGUUAAUUGAUAUGAUCAGUAAUGAUCCAAUCCUUUGUGGAGUGAAGCUUAUUGCUGAAGCAUGGGAUACUGGUGGGCUUUACCAAGUUGGUACAUUUCCACACUGGGGUAUUUGGUCAGAAUGGAAUGGGAAGUAUCGAGAUAUAGUUCGACAGUUCAUCAAAGGUACAGAUGGAUUUUCCGGGGCUUUUGCUGAAUGUCUUUGUGGUAGCCCAAAUCUAUACCAGGGAGGAGGAAGGAAACCUUGGAACAGCAUCAACUUUGUAUGUGCACAUGAUGGAUUCACUUUGGCUGAUCUUGUUACAUACAACAAGAAGCAUAACUUGGCAAAUGGGGAAGACAACAAUGAUGGAGAGAAUCACAACAAUAGCUGGAACUGCGGACAAGAGGGAGAGUUUGUGAGCCUUCCAGUCAAAAGACUGAGGAAAAGACAAAUGCGGAAUUUCUUCCUCUGCCUUAUGGUUUCCCAAGGUGUGCCAAUGAUUUACAUGGGUGACGAGUAUGGUCAUACGAAGGGAGGCAACAACAAUACAUAUUGCCAUGAUAACUAUAUUAACUAUUUCCGCUGGGAUAAGAAGGAAGAGUCUUCAUCUGACUUUUUCAGGUUUUGCUGUCUCAUGACAAAGUUUAGGCGUGAAUGUGAAUCCCUUGGUUUAUAUGAUUUCCCGACAGCAGAACGACUGCAGUGGCAUGGACACACACUUGGAAUGCCAGACUGGUCUGAAACGAGCCGAUUUGUAGCCUUCUCCUUGAUUGAUUCAGUGCAUAGAGAGAUUUACGUUGCAUUCAACACUAGCCAUUUACCUGUCAUUGUUACUCUACCAGAAAGGCCUGGUUACAGAUGGGAACCCCUGGUUGACACUAGCAAGCCAUCACCAUUUGACUUCCUUUCAGAGGAUUUAUCAGAAAGAGAUGCAGCAAUAAAACAAUAUGCCCACUUCCUCGAUGCCAACUCAUACCCAAUGCUUAGUUAUUCAUCCAUCAUCCUGCUGCUUUCUCUAGAUGACCAAGCUUAGCUCAUGUCCAACUUCUCCUACUAUGUCCUAUAUGUGCAUCCUUCUCUACCAAUACAUUGGUCUUAGUAGACAACCUUGCAAGUACUGCAAGAGGCUACUGUGACACACAGAACAUGUUAAUAAUGUAAUUUCUAAGCAAUCUGCAUGGUAAAGGAAUAAAGAGAUUUAAAUGCAGUUGAAAUUUGAGGUAACAUUUAGGAUUUUGGAAUGUGAUUGAAAAUGUAAUUACUAUAGAUAUAUGUAUGAAAGAUUAGAAA